UAACGGAACCAUUUCAGUUUCCAUUUGAGUUUGGUAGGCGUGGGUGUUAAAAUGAAAGCCUUCGCUUUGGUGGUUUUGUUCGCUGCGGUAGCCUGUGCUACUCCUUCUAUUGCCAGUUUGGGAAAGCUGUUGCACGACCGUCUAACUGGCCCCGCCGUUGACAUCAACCCCUUCAUUAUUGAUGGUGAGAAUGCCGCUGAGAAAUCUGCCCCGUAUCUGGUUUCAUUGAGCGCAUCCAAAUUGGUAGCUGCUCAUAGUUGCGCUGGUGCCAUCAUUGGCAAGGAAUGGGUUUUAACUGCUGCUCAUUGCGUCAACGAGUUGAACCAGUUAGCUGGUAGCGCUGUCGGUCUAACCGUCUACGCCGGUUUGACCGAUCGCAGCAAUGAGGAUAAGGCUCAAAUCCGCACCAUUGAUUUUGCCUUCAACCACAAGCAGUUUACCGGCGCCGAAGGUUCCGACGAUAUUGCAUUGUUGCACGUUACACCUGCUUUUGAGUUCGGAGUCAAUGUGAAAGCUGCUGCUUUGCCCUACAGACAGGAACAAUUCGAUGGUCAAUCUUCUGCCAACUACGGCUGGGGCUUGGACGACGCUGAGGGCACCAUGUAUGUUAAAGAUUUGAAGGUUGCUAAGUCCGAUGUUUUGUCUGCUGCAGAGUGCCAGGAAGCUCUUCCCUCGGAUGCACCCGUCAGCUCAAAGCAAAUUUGCGUCAGAGUAGCUGCCUGCUACGGUGAUGGCGGUUCUCCUUUGGUGGUUGAACGCGAAGGUAACGUCGCUGAAUUAGUUGGUAUCACAUCCUGGGGUUACAUGCCAUGUGGCUACAACAACCGUCCCACUGUUUACACCGCCGUCUCGGAAUAUGUCGACUGGAUAAAUGAGGUUCAAUGGGCCUACUAUGUACUUAAUUAAGUCCAUUAAAAUAAAAUGACGAAUGCGGUAAAUCCGCAAAACAAAUCAAAUUAAUUCUUA